AUGGUACCGUUGGGCAUCUUUGUCAUUGUGCUGUGUGUGCUGUUCGAGGUGUACAAGUCUGAUUUCGAGCGCUGGGUGAGUCCGUUGACGGAUUGGUUGCGGAAGAGGGAGAAGUGGUCUUGGACGAUCCCUGUGGCGAUCUUGUUUGUGCUUAGUUUUCCGCCGCUGUUUGGGCAUGAGAUUGUGCAGCUUAUUGUUGGUUUGACGUAUCCUCUGGGCGUUGCGCUGGGAAUUGCGUGUGCUGGGUCGAUUUUGGGAGAAGCUGGGUGCUUUGUCGUUUUCAAGUACUGUUUCAGCGGCUAUGUCGAGAAGAAAAUUAGACAAAAGAUCAAAUGGGCAGCCACUGCUCGAGUUGCCCAGCAAGCUGGCUUCAAAGGUGUUUUGGUUAUUCGAUACAGCAUUGUUCCACCCCACCUGGCAAAUCCACUCUUUGCCUGUACCGGAAUGAAAUUCUGGCUUUACAUGUCAACAGUGAUUCUAUCCCUCCCUAAAUCCAUGGUUUUCGUAGCUCUCGGAGCCCCAAGUUCAGAGCACUCCAAGGGGGCCAAAGUCGGCAAGGUAAUCGCUAUCGGUAUAGUGGUUGCUAUUACCAGUAAGGCCUUCUCAAAUUACUCUUUAAAUUAUGAUUUGCUAAUUAUUCCAAGUCUUUGCUAG